AAUGAAUCAUAAGGCCGAAAAACCUGCGCGGCCGCAUGGGCUGGAAACAGCUCGGGAGUAUGGGUGUGAACGGAAUUGCAACUGGUUCUGGUUUGAGCGGGACCGAUUGGGUGAAAUCUUUGCUGAGAAUGGCUGUUCUUGCAGCGCCGAUUCUUCUUGUCGCCUGUAGCGGAAAGGAAGAUCUGGACGAACUUGCGUUGAACGAUACGCCGCCGGAAGUUCUCUUUAACGAAGGUCUGGCGUUGCGCGCGCAGGGCAAACUUCGGGAUUCGACCGAGAAGUUCGAGGAAAUCGACAAGCUUUAUCCUUACUCGGAAUAUUCCAAGAAGUCGCUCGUCAACCUGGCGUUUCUGAAUUAUUCGCGCGGCAAGUAUCCGGAGACCGUUACGGCUGCGCGACGGUUUGUGACCCUUUAUCCCGGCGAUGAGGAUUCAGCCUAUAUGCUUUAUCUCGCCGGGCAGAGCUACUUCCGCCAGAUGCCUGAUAUCACCCGGGAUCAGGCGGUUACCCGCAGAGCGGCAGGGGCCUUUACCGAACUUAUCCAGCGUUUUCCGGAAUCCGAAUAUACACCGGAUGCGGAAGAAAAAUUGCGGAUCGUUGAAGACCAGCUCGCCGGCAAGGAAAUGCAGGUUGGCCGUUACUACCUGAAGCGGCGCAACUAUGUUGCCGCGAUCAACCGGUUCAGGGCGGUCGUCGUCGAGUUUCAGACCACCCGCCAUGUCGAAGAAGCGCUUUUCCGUUUGACGGAAGCCUAUUACGCACUCGGUGUGGUCAACGAAUCCCAGACCGCUGCGGCCGUGCUCGGUCACAACUAUCCGGAUACGCAAUGGUACAAGGAUGCCUAUUCGCUUCUGAAUAAAGGCGGCUAUCAGCCUUCAGAAGAUUCUGGCAGCUGGAUUAGCCGCGCAUUCAGGAGUAUCUAA